AUGCCUAUUGCGCCGAUUACAACCAGAUCUUCGGGAGGGGAGAUGGUGCAUCUACAAGAGACGUUGAACAAAGUACCGGACCCCCCUCCCGCCAAUCACAUUCACCGGCAGCAGAGGUUCGCCACCAAAAGCUGGAAGCCUGUAUCCACUGAUAUGCAUGGAUCCAUCAACAGCGAACACAAGAGGUGA